GUAAUAAAGAAGCCACCUCCUAGAUGGGGGUCGCCGUUAAGGGCUCCCAGCCACUGAUUCCUCCAUCUUUUCCACCAUCGCACCUCCUGUAUUUAUUCCAACUCAAUUGACUCCUUUGAUUUUCAUCAAUUUUCCUUGCUUUCCCGUUUCUUUCUUGCCUUUUAGAAAAACCCAAAAGAAAUUUGGCUGUAUUUUCUACUCAAUUGACAAUCCUAAGCCCUCAAAUCAAGUAUCUGAUUCUAUAUUCCAUCUCAUGGUUAAGCAAUUUUAUCUGUUUCAUUUUAUCAAACCCUAAGGAUAGCAAGGUUCUCUAACUCAUCGUUGGAUUACCCUUUGAAGAUUUAUCUGAAAUUGUAUACUCAAGGUACAAGGUACAGAAGGUUUUCUUUUAUACACAUUUGAAGGAAUGACUGGCUUCCUACUUUUCUCAGAAAUGGGGAGAUUUUUAGUUCUGGAGUUUUUGUUUGCUAUUUUGUGCUUUACAACAAGCGAAUACACUAGCUAUGGUGACUCCAGCCUAAUUAAUUGCUCAGAAUCAGAUUUGGCAGCUCUUAUUGACUUCAAAAUUGGCCUUGACGACCCUGAAAACAGGCUCUCAUCAUGGCAAGGGAGCAACUGUUGUCAAUGGCGUGGAAUUGGUUGCAGCAAUACAACUGGAGCUGUCGUCAUGAUCGAUCUUCAUAAUCCAUAUCCUGUAAGUUUUGAAUCUUCAAGUAGGAAUGGUUUUUGGAAUUUGAGUGGAGAUAUCAGUCCUUCAUUACUAAGACUUAAAUCUUUACAAUAUUUAGAUCUGAGUCAAAACACCUUUAGUGGUAUCCCAAUUCCUGAAUUCUUGGGAUCAUUGAAGAAUUUGAGAUAUCUAAAUCUGUCAGGAGCUGGCUUUAAUGGUAUAAUCCCACCAAGUCUUGGAAACCUCUCUAAGUUACAGUUUCUUGAUGUCUCUUCUGAUUUUUUAAAUGUGAAUAGUCUCGAAUGGGCAGCUGGUCUUGGUUCUUUGGAACAUCUUGCCAUGGACGAAGUUGAUCUUUCCUUGGUAGGACCUGAUUGGCUUGGGAUAUUAAAUAAGCUUCCACUUUUAAAUACGUUGCACCUUUCAGAAUCCCGUCUUUCUGGUUCCAUUUCAUUUCCUAGUCCUGUUAAUUUCUCUUCACUAUCUGUUGUAGACCUCAGUUUUAAUGGCUUCAAUUCAAGGCUCCCUGAAUGGUUGGCCAAUAUCAGUAGCCUUACCUAUGUUGAUUUAAGCAAUAGCGGUCUGUUUGGCAGAAUUCCUCUAGCUUUUGGUGAAAUACCAAGUCUGAAGUACCUAAGUCUCGCUGGAAACUUUAAUCUUUCUGCCAGUUGCACUCAGCUAUUAAAGGGAAGCUGGAAAAAGAUAGAAGUUCUUAAUUUAGCUUCAAACAAAAUACAUGGUAAACUCCCUGCUUCGAUUGGAAACAUGACAUCUCUCACAAAUCUUGAUUUGUUUGACAACAAUGUAGAGGGUUUGAUCCCAAGAUCCAUUGGUAAACUUUGUAGCUUAAAGAAUUUAGAUCUUUCAAGCAAUAACUUGAGUGGGAGUCUGCCUGAAGUCAUAGAGAAUUGUGUUUCAAACAGUCCUUUUCCUGAUAUGAUUUACAUGAGACUAAGCGCAAAUCAAUUAGUGGGAAAAUUGCCAAGAUGGAUAGGUCAGCUUCAGAGACUUGUAGAACUUUACCUCAGCUCAAAUUUGUUUGAAGGUCCAGUCCCAUCUUCAAUAGGGCAACUGCAAAACCUCACCGAUCUUGGACUUGGAGGCAAUGAACUAAAUGGGACUCUCCCAGAUAGUUUUGAACAGCUUUCUCAGUUAUUAGUCUUCGAUGUUUCUUCAAAUCAUAUGACAGGUAUCAUCUCUCAAGCUCACUUUUUAAAGCUGAGUAAGCUGAAGAUAUUGCGUCUGUCUGCAAACUCUUUCAUCUUCAAUGUCAGCUCCAGUUGGGUUCCUCCAUUCCAGGCCCACGAUCUUGAUUUGGGUUCUUGCUAUCUAGGUCCUUCAUUUCCAGCCUGGCUCAAGUAUCAGAAGGAGGUCGUGCUUCUGGAUUUCUCAAAUUCUAGCAUUUCAGGUCCCAUACCUGAUUGGUUUUGGGGCAUUUCUGGCAACCUAUCUCUGUUGAAUGUUUCUUUCAAUCAAUUACAAGGCCGGCUACCAAAUCCUCUAAAUGGAUCAUCUUUUGCAGUUGUUGAUUUCAGUUCUAACAAUUUUGAAGGAUCAAUUCCAGUUCCAGCAGUGAAGAUUCUGUUGCUAGACCUCUCAGACAAUCAAUUCUCUGGCCUCAUCCCUCAAACGAUCGGAGAAUCCAUGCCCACCUUGAUCUUUCUAUCUCUUUCAGGGAACAGAUUAUUGGGAGAAAUCCCAAACUCCAUUGGAGGAAUGUUUUUGAUCGAAGUUAUUGAUCUCUCAAGGAACAGAUUAACCGGGAGCAUUCCUUCAAGCAUAGGGAAUUGUUCAUCCCUAAAUGCUCUAGACCUUGGAGACAACAACCUUUCAGGUGAGAUUCCAGGGUCUUUAGGUCAAUUAUCCCAGCUUCACUCAAUGCACCUAAGCAGCAAUAACUUCUCUGGAAACAUCCCACCAUCUUUCAAAAAUUUAUCAAGGUUAGAAACAUUAGAUCUUGGGAAUAACGGGUUAUCUGGAAACUUUCCUCACUGGAUAGGAGAAGGCUUUGCAACCCUAAGAAUCCUUAGCCUGCGAUCCAAUGCAUUUUCAGGUGAAAUCCCAUCAAAGUUGUCAAGUUUAAGUUCGCUGCAAAUCCUGGAUCUUGGGGAAAACAAUAUGACAGGCAUCAUUCCAGAAAGCCUUGGUGAUCUCAAAGCCAUGACUGAAGAGCAGAACAUAAUCCAGUACUUGUUCAUUGGAAAUUACAGAGACCACCAUUAUGAAGAAAACUUGAUACUCAACAUAAAAGCCCAAGCACGAAGAUUCACCAAGAUCCUCUACCUUGUCACCAGCAUAGACCUCUCUGGAAACAACUUCCAUGGAGAUUUCCCAAUAGUGAUAACAAAACUACCGGGCCUGGUAGUUUUGAACCUCUCAGGUAACCAAAUCAGCGGCCAGAUUCCUGAAAACAUUUCAGGGCUACAUCAACUGUCAUCUCUUGACCUCUCAAGAAACCGGCUGUCCGGGGCAAUUCCUUCAAGCCUGUCUUCAUUAUCUUUUCUAGGCUAUCUUAACCUCUCGGACAACAACUUCUCCGGGAUGAUUCCUUACUCGGGUCAUAUGACAACUUUUGAUGCAUCAUCUUUUGAUGGAAAUCCAGGUCUUUGUGGAACUCCACUUUACAUAAACUGCAAGGGUGAUGAUUCUGAUAAAGGAGGGAUCGAUUCUGAUAAAAGAGGGAUCGAGUCUGAAGGAAUGAUUGAUGGGUGGUUUUACCUGAGCGUUGGAUUGGGAUUUGCAGCUGGUCUUUUGGUUCCUUUACUCAUGGUCUCAAUUAGAAGAUCUUGGGCUAAUUCCUACUUUGGCUUGGUGGAUAGAAUCGUUAACAAAUUUGGUUAAUUGGGGUCCAGGGCAGAGUAUCACUUCGCCGAAGGCAGACAAGGUCUUGUGCCAAGAGAAACUGCUAUCUGUAUCAAAAAUUAAACUGUUGUUUGCAUUAUUAGCAUGUGAUAGUUUCAGUCUUGCUGUGCUUUCGUUUCUUGCAACUUUUAAAUUUGAUCUUUAAGGGAAUAAUUUCCUAGAUGUGAAUACUUAUGGUUUGGUCUAAACCGAGACAAAAUGUUGAGAAAAGUAAAAGUAAUAAGAACCAAGUGUUCGC